GUCAUAUUUGUCAUCUGUCAAAAUAUUAAAUUCAAUCCAAAAUCCAUUAUUUAUUUUAACAACCGCAACCUAUUCCGAGGAAUAGGUUUUUUUAAAUUACCUGCUAAUUUAAACUAACACAAUUGAAAAUGGCAAAUGAAGAACCUUCCGAUCUAGACUGGAUCCAAUUGCGUCGUGAAAUGGGACCUUCACAUCAUGUUGAAACCACCAAAGAAAAAUUUGCUCGAAAAUUUAGUGCAAACCCCUUUGUGCCUAUAGGAUGCCUCGCAACAGCAGGGGCUCUAUCAUAUGGCUUAUGGUGUUUCCGUACUGGCAGAAGUAAAUUAUCACAGCAAAUGAUGCGGGUUAGAAUUGUUGCUCAAGGUUUGACAAUAACAGCUUUAGUCGUUGGAGUUGUAAUGACUGCUGGGAAAACUUUGAAAUAAUAUAACCUUAACUAGAUUUAAUAUUAAUAAAAUCAAUAAAAAGAGUAAAUCUUAUAUUUUUGUGCCCUAGAAUUAGAAAAGCAAAUAUGUUAAUAAAAAGGUUUUAAUUCAUAAAUUAUUUAAUUAUAUGUAAUAUUAUGCAAUUAAAAUGUAAAUAUGCAAUAAAUAAA